CGGGUCCCUUCCCGACGCCUCGCCGAGUUGCCGGCCGCUCGCCAGCCCCGCUGCCUGCUCCCUGCUCCGGCCUCGCCGCCCCGCCGCCGCCACCAUGAGCCAGUCCUACUCCUCCAGCCAGCGGGUUUCUUCCUACCGCCGCACCUUCGGUGGCUCCCCGGUCUUUGGUGGCUCCCCGGUCUUCCCCCGCGCCUCCUUCGGGACCAAGGGCAGCAGUGGAAGCUCUGUCACCUCCCGUGUCUACCAGGUGUCCCGCACCUCGGCUGUCCCCAGCCUGUCCAGCUUCCGCACCACUCGUGUGACGCCCCUGCGCUCCUACCAAAGUGCCUACCAAGGUGCCGGCGAGCUGCUGGACUUCAGCCUGGCCGAUGCCAUGAACCAGGAGUUCCUCCAGACUCGCACCAAUGAGAAGGUGGAGCUGCAGGAACUCAAUGACCGUUUUGCCAACUACAUUGAGAAGGUGCGCUUCUUGGAGCAGCAGAAUGCCCUCAUGGUAGCCGAGGUGAACCGCCUGCGGGGCAAGGAGCCCACCCGUGUGGCCGAGAUGUACGAGGAGGAGCUGCGGGAGCUCCGGCGCCAGGUGGAUGCGCUCACUGGCCAGCGGGCUCGUGUUGAAGUUGAGCGCGACAACCUGCUUGAUGACCUGCAGAAGCUCAAGCAGAGGCUGCAAGAGGAGAUCCAGCUAAAGGAGGAGGCUGAGAACAACCUGGCUGCUUUCAGAGCCGAUGUGGAUGCAGCCACGCUGGCACGCAUUGACCUGGAAAGACGCAUCGAGUCCCUGCAGGAGGAGAUCGCCUUCCUCAAGAAGGUGCACGAAGAGGAAAUCCGAGAGCUGCAGGCUCAGCUGCAGGAGCAGCACAUCCAGGUGGAGAUGGACAUCUCCAAGCCCGACCUGACGGCUGCACUGCGGGACAUCCGAGCCCAGUAUGAGAGCAUCGCUGCCAAGAACAUUGCUGAGGCUGAGGAGUGGUACAAGUCCAAGGUGUCUGACCUGACACAGGCGGCCAACAAGAACAAUGACGCGCUGCGGCAGGCGAAACAGGAGAUGCUGGAGUACCGGCACCAGAUCCAGUCCUACACCUGCGAGAUUGAUGCCCUCAAGGGCACGAACGACUCGCUGAUGCGCCAGAUGCGGGAGAUGGAGGAGCGCUUCGCAGGGGAGGCCGGUGGGUACCAGGACACCAUUGCCCGGCUGGAGGAGGAGAUUAGGCACCUGAAGGAUGAAAUGGCCCGUCACCUGCGUGAGUACCAGGACCUGCUCAAUGUCAAGAUGGCUCUGGACGUGGAGAUUGCCACAUACCGCAAGCUGCUGGAGGGCGAGGAGAACCGGAUCAGCAUCCCCAUGCACCAGACCUUUGCCUCCGCACUCAAUUUCCGAGAGACCAGCCCAGACCAGCGCGGCUCCGAGGUGCACACCAAAAAGACCGUGAUGAUCAAAACCAUUGAAACCCGUGACGGAGAGGUGGUGAGUGAGGCGACCCAGCAGCAGCACGAAGUGCUGUAGAGGAGGCUGCCCCAGCAGCCCACCGGCACCUUCUGUCCCUGCCUCCGUACCGCCGCCAAGCCCCCCUCCUGCCCCCCACCUCGCCCCUGGCGCUCCCCCAGCACUGCCCGAGGGGUCCCCCUGCGCAGCUGCCUCCAGAACCCCGCGCCUCCCGGGCUCCCUCCUUCAGCUUUGAAAGGCUCGCUCUGCUUUCGCAGCUUUGCAGCAGCAAUGCCAGCGUCAGGAUCAGGCCCGGGCCGGGGGGGACAACAGGAGGGAGGGAGGGGACGAGCAGAAGGGGCUGGGGGGAGCAGGUGGUGGCCUGGGCCAGCUGCCUGGAGAACCGGAUGGUCCCAGCAGCAGGUUCUGGAUCCCCGGCAGCCCCUUCCCGCGCUGGGCACGGGCUCAGGGUUUGUCCUGUGGGAGAGGGGAUCCAUCCCCCCGCACCGGCACCACUGGCCUCCCUGGAGCUGGCACUUCUCCAGGUGGAUGGCAGCGGUGCCAGGGGUGGGGAGAAAUGGGGUCCGGGUCAAGUCCCCAUUCUCUACCCUGCUCGGAGCCAGGGUGCUCCCAGCCUGCGUCCCCUCCCAGUCCAGAGGGGCUGGGGUUUUGUGCUCCCCCUGGCCCCAGAGGAUGCCCCACGUGGCAACGAAGGGCAGCGCCCGCCCCCCCAUGGUGGGGACCCCCAGCAGCAGAAGGCUGUGUGGGGCCAGGCUCGGUGAGCUGAGAGGGUACCUGUAGGUGGACACAGGAGAGAGGAGGAGUGAGUGAGUGGGAGAGAGGGGGGAGAGAAGGACAGGAGCCGGAGAGAGGCCCGGGGGCCAGGGCAGGUGCCCCCACCCCUCACCCCACUGCACCUCCACCCCACUGCAUCUACGUGACUCUUCAGGCGGCUGAAAUAAACAGCGGAGCAUCA